AUGUCGAAAGAGAUUAUGGGGCCGCUGCACAAUGCGACGGCGGGCGAGGUGAUGGAGCUUCUCGACGCGCUCGCGCUCCACAUCUACCCGCGUGGCUACUGGGGGCUCACGUGGACUACGAGCUGCCUGAACCUCGUCAGUCUCAUGGGGGUCGUCAUGGCGAUGCUGCUCUACGGACACCGCCGCACGCCGCUGUGGUUCCUCAAGCUCGAAACGCGCACCUACACCGUGCGCAUCCACACGCGCACCAACACGUCUGUCUGGCACCGCAUCUCGACGCUCUUCCACACGACGCCGGGCAAGCAGGAGACACGCGUGGGAAAGUUCAUCACAGCGUCGUGCAUCAACUGCCACCUGGUGUUUUCCGAGGUAUACGUGCUGUCGCUCUUCAUCAAGACCGUGGUGUCGUACACGUCGCGCGGGGCGGGCGAUGCUGCGCCAGUGCUAAGCCCCGAGGUGUGGCACAUCAUCAUGAUCGCCUUUAUCUUUUCCACCGCCUACUUCUCGACACUCGGGUAUGUGGCGGUGCUGGCGCCCAAUACGAGGCCCGUAGUAUGGAAUGGGUGCGUGGCGGGGGUGUAUGCGGGCAUCUUUGUGUAUGCGCUGGCGUGCUUUGUGGGCAGUGCACGCAGCGCGGUCCAGAUCGAUGCGCUGCGCAAGGCGGUGUACGACCAUCUGUGCGUCGGUGCAGGCCUGCGUGGCUGGAAGGGACCGGGCAGAUUCGACGCGGCUGCGAGGGCGGAUGCCGAGUCGCUCGCCUUGGUCGCAAGGACGUAUGCAGAGGCAGAGCAGAGGAGGAGGUGGUUGCUGCAGAUAUACAGCAUCAUUGCCGCGGGCGGUGUGAUGCUUGCAAUCGUCUACCUGGUCGUCCUGGCCAUGCUCACGCGCAAGAUCGCCGCCGAGCUCGUGCAUAUUCGUCAGACACCAAGCGCUGCCAAGACCACCAGGCACAGCAGCAUGGCACCCGUGCAAGACGUCGGCGAGGCAGUGGUCAUUUCCAAGCUGCUGGCGCAGCCGGGAGGAUUGAGCCAGCUCAACCGCGCUCGAGUUCGCACUCCUCCGCCAUCCAAGCCUGCUCCGAAUGCGCCGUUGCCGCCGACGCCGCAGCCGAGCUUGCGAUGUGCAACGCCCGACUCGACGUACAGCUUGGGAGAGUCUGCGCAGCGCCACCACGAUUCCGUCGGCAGCAACUUGGCCGAAUCCUCACCGGUCCCGCUGGUCGAAAAGCGCGCGCAACCAGACACGCCUGCAUCACCACCGACAUGCAGCGCCGACGGCGUGCACGACGCGCUGGCAACCGACGAAGGCUACCUCGCCGUAUGCCGGUUCCUCUUCAGCUGCGUCAUCGACCACGUCGUCGUCGCGCUUCUCUGCCUCGAAUUCGGUGCCUCCUCAACGCGGCUGUGUAUGGUGUUUGCGAGCUAUCCGCGCGAGGCGCACGCGGCGAGCAUCGCGGCGGCCCACGUCGACAUGUUUGGAUCGUGCUGGUUCACGUUGCUCAAGACGGUCAAUUCGCUCAACUUGUUUGCGCCCUUUGUGCUGUUCCCCGCGUCGCACAUGAAGCUCGCCAGCAUCCUUGAGGGUGCUGGUGCGCAUCACAGGAGGGCGAGGAGGUCCGAGGUUCGCGCGGAGAGUCAAGUCGUCGAGACAUGCGCGCGUGCAAGUCCACAGCCCGGGGAAGCUGGCGAUGUGGCGGGGUAUGUAGCCAUGGCGAUGCGACUCUUUCGUCGUCAAGCGAGGGACGAACCGCCCUCGACCUCGAUCGCGACAGAGCAAAGCAGCCGCAGCGAAGUGGAUCCGACUCCUUCGUCGGCCGGGUCGCGCUUUGCAGCGUGGCGUGGAGCGGGUCUGGAGCGCACCGACUCCAUCUCGGUCUCGUCGCACACCACCAUGCCUGCUCGUCGCGACCUGGUCCUAAACGCGCUAAUCUCGUCGCGCGCGCUGCCCAUCCAAGGCUUCUACUGCCACCCGACCCCACCGCCCUACGACGUGCAUCUCGAAUCCAACCCCUUUCAAGCCCAAUGCCAGCGCAGCUACGACUCGCUCGCAUCGUGCACAUCCCCCCUCAGCCCCGAUUCAUCCCAGACCCUCGAUGCAGUCAUCCGCACCGCCGUCCCCGUCAUCAUCGCCCAACCCCCCACUCCCGUCACAGCCCACCGCCCAAGGACAACAAGCUCCGUACGACUCAAGCGCCAAUGGUCCCUCCCCACCGCCAACGACGAGGUGGAGAUGACCACCUCGUUCGACUCGGAAAACUUCGGUCAGUGCCGCUCCAACUUUCACUGA